GAAACCGCGAUUUCCCGUCGUCGCUUGAUUGGCGGUUAGAAUCAAAACAGUGGCUCCGCCUAUCAGACGUUAGUCAGGUCAAACACGGAAGCCGGGGAUUACCGUCGUCCGCUACAUACGCUGGAGCUUCAUGUACACCUGAAAUAAGUUUCAGGUCUCUCAUGUAAACCCCUCAGGUUGAGAGGAGAAGGUCAGACAGUGUCUCUGUGAUGAUGGACAGUUGGUUCUGACAGUUCCCCAAUGGAAGCUCCAGCCACAGCUGCCCCUCCUCCCAGCUCCCCCACUCCACCUCUCCCUGUCCCCCUUCGUCCGGCUGUGGCCCUGUCGGUCCAGCUUGGCUUCACCAUCCUCUACACCGCUCUGUACGCCGCACUCUUCCUGGUGGUGUACGCCCAGCUCUGGCUUCUGUACCUCUACAGACACAAAAGAUGGAGCUACCAGAGUGUUUUUCUGUUCCUCUGCCUGCUGUGGGCCGCCCUCCGCACCACCUUGUUCUCCUUUUACUUCUGUAAUGCCCUGGAGGCCAACCACCUACCUGUUACAGUCUACUGGCUGCUGUACUGCUUCCCUGUUUGUCUACAGUUCUUCACGCUCAGCCUUAUUAGCCUGUAUUUCACUCAGGUGUUGCUCAAAGUGAGGGGGACUUAUAGCUCAGCAGGGGACAGAAAACUGUGGUUGGCUCGGUGCAUGUAUGGUGCAAUGAACGCCGUCUUCCUCUGUGUCAACGUGGUUUGUGCGGCUCUUGGGGACCGAGGCCGUGGCGGGUCAGGGGAGCGGACCUGGAACCUGGUCCUGGUUCGGGUCCUAGUCAAUGACUCGCUCUUUAUCCUGGAUGCGGUGUUACUGGCAGCUUUGUUGUUGCUCCUGAGCAGACACUCGCACUCCACCAGCCCCUACCUGAUCAGCAAGGGGACCACCGUGUGCCGCACAACAGCACUGGGCGCAGCAGUGAUCUUGUUGUUUGCCAGUCGAGCCUGCUACAACCUGACAGUCCUCUUCCUGUCCCAGGACCACUGGGUGGAGUCCUUCAACUUUGACUGGUACAACGUCUCUGACCAGGCUGACCUGCGUAAUGAACUGGGCGACAGCGGCUACCUGGUCUUCUGUGCCAUCCUCUUCAUAUGGGAACUGCUCCCAACCAGUCUGCUCAUCCUCAUCUUCAGGGUUCGACAGCCCGCUCAGGAGACCAGCAGCAUGGCCAUCAAAAACAGGGUCCUACCUCAUCCGUAUUUCUUUGAUGACCCUCAAGGCAGCGAUGAGGACACCCCUGUUCCCUGGGCACGCAGUUCACACACACAGUCAGGAUGGUAUGGAGCAGAGACCGCUCCUCUCCUGUUUGCCAGCAACCCUCCAAACCAGAACCACCAGCACCACUCGUUCUACUCCACCCCCCAGACCUGACCCUGACUCCUGUCCACCAUCAGUGUUGUGGUUUUCACUUCAAGGACAAAAUACACACACACAUAGCAACCAGCCAGUAGCCCCUCGCUCGAUGAGCAGUUUUUGCACUGAAAACCUCAGGAAAUCAUCACCAAACAGGGAAUAUGCACCUUGUAGUUUUUGAAUGGAGAAUAAAUUAAAAAUAUUUCUCAACUCAAAGGGAACAAACUCAGAGGGAAAAGUCCUCCUAGAUGUGAACGGCCAAACAGUUAUACUGAGGUUUAGCCACAAGUUGUUGGCUUGUUUUAACUAAGCUAUUGAUCUGUUGAUGAUAAAAUGGUAAAAUAGCUUACAGUUCCU